AAAAACCUGCUGAUCGAUCUCAUUCUCUGUCACAUACUUUCUGCCUCACACACACAGAGCGACACACGCAGGAGGCAUUUUUCUCCCUCUCCAUCAGAAACAACUGACGGCCACGCGAGAGAGCUGCAUCUUCUGUUUAGGUAGUUAUAGCUGGAGUGUAUACAGCUACUAGCCUCUACUGCCUGCUUACAUCUGUCAGCUGGCCGCCCAAUACGUGGAUCCUUUUGUGUCCGACUUCCAUUGUGCCAUCUAUUGUGGGGGCUAAAGGAAGCCGCCGCCAGUGGACAAGAUGAAAGAACACAGGGGCUGGGACCUCAAAGGCUUACUGAAGAGGAACUGGUUGCUGAUUGCGACCAUUGUGUCGGUGCUGUUAGGGAUAGGCCUUGGUGUGUUGGUUAGGGAGUAUGCCUCCCUUUCCCACCUCGAUAAGCAGUAUUUUGGAUUCCCGGGAGAUAUCCUGAUGCGGAUGCUCAAGCUGGUCAUCCUGCCCCUCAUCAUCUCCAGCAUGAUAACAGGAGUGGCCGCCCUGGAUUCGGAUGUUUCCGGAAAGAUAGGUUUGAGGGCUGUGGUUUAUUACUUAACCACCACCAUCAUUGCAGUCAUUUUGGGUAUUGCAUUGGUGAUAACCAUCAAACCUGGUGUCUCUCAGAAGGCAGAAGACAUCGACAGGACAGAGAUCACACAAAACGUCAACACUGUCGACACACUACUGGAUCUUGUCAGAAACAUGUUUCCUGAAAACAUAGUGCAGGCUUGUUUCCAACAGUACAAGACAACGCGCAAAGAGUUGGAACCCUCUAAAGUGAAGGAGAACACUACAACCACAAUGUUCCCUCCUCUCUCUACCACUGUCAUGGCAACCAUUUUCCCCCCAGAGAACAUCACCAAGGACUAUAUAAUAGUUGGGUCAUAUUCUGAUGGGCUCAACGUGCUGGGCCUCAUCGUGUUCUGUGUGGCGUUUGGCCUCGUCAUCGGCAAGAUGGGUGAAAGAGGACGCAUCCUGCUGGAGUUCUUUGAUGCUAUAAAUGAGGCCACCAUGAGGCUAGUUCAGAUUAUCAUGUGCUAUAUGCCAGUGGGGAUACUCUUCCUCAUUGCUGCCAAGAUCAUCGAGGUAGAAGACUGGGAGAUCUUCAGGAAGUUGGGCAUGUACAUGGUGACAGUUUUGAGUGGCCUAGCUAUCCAUUCUAUUGUUUUUCUGCCGCUGAUCUACUUUGUCAUUGUGAGGAAGAACCCGUAUACCUUUGCCUUGGGGAUGGCUCAGGCACUGGUCACUGCUCUCAUGAUCUCUUCCAGCUCUGCCACCCUGCCUGUCACCUUCCGCUGUGCCGAAGAGAACCUCCGGAUCGACAAGAGGAUCACCCGCUUCGUGUUGCCCGUGGGCGCCACCAUCAACAUGGACGGUACAGCUCUCUACGAGGCUGUCGCUGCCAUCUUCAUUGCCCAGCUCAACGACUAUGAUCUUGACGUGGGUCAGAUUGUCACUAUCAGUGUAACAGCAACAGUAGCCAGCAUCGGAGCCGCCGGUGUACCUAACGCUGGUUUUGUUACCAUGGUGAUUGUGCUGACUGCCGUUGGACUACCAGCAAAUGAUGUCACUUUAAUUAUUGCUGUGGAUUGGCUGCUAGACCGCUUCCGCACCAUGAUCAACGUGCUGGGAGAUGCUUACGGAGCCGGCAUCGUUCAGAAGCUGUCCAGGCGGGAGCUGGAGAGGAUGGACGGCACCUCGGACGUGACUAACCCCUUCGCCCUGGGGACCACGCUGGACAACGAGGAGUGUGAGAAGAAGUCCUACGUCAACGGCGGCUUCACCGUCGACAAAACCGACGCCAUCUCCUUCACCGAGACCUCCCAGUUUUAGUGGAGUGGGCAAAGAAGUGCCAAUGCUGCUAGAUGUUUAGCCUGGUUCUGUUUGUAGCCUGGUUCUAGAUCUGUGAUCAACAUUAAUUAAUCCUGUUGAUGCAGGAUUACUGCUGGAGGAUUAUUUUCCUGCUGCAGCACACUGGCUAAAAUUAAGAUCCUACAUCUGUAGCAAUAUCAGCCACCACCAUCUUGAUUCUCUUUCCAGCACUGUCCCUGAUGAUCAGUAUGUUUUUUAACCACAAGUGGAGAUCCUCAGCAGCCCUUAAAAUGAGCUGGGCUGUAUCUGAAAUGACACCCUAUUGCUUAACUAGUGCACAACUUUAGACCAGGGCCUAUGUAGAGAAUGAGGUGUCCUUUGGGAUGAACCCAUGCUCUCUUUUACCAAAAGAGCUUCCUUUGUUAUGUUGACAUAGUGCCGACAAUGUACACAUUCACUUUUGAAUGAAUCAAUACUUUUGCUAUUGUUUUUACAUAGAGGGAGCAAAGGAGACUACAAGAGCCAGAGCUUUUGAAAUGCAUACCUACAGCGCGUGUGGGUAACUGAAAUAAUAUAUCGCCGGACUGAGCUGUGUAUAUGUAUUGUGAAAAAGAGCAUGGAAGAAGAACCAUAUUCUUGAUGUUCAAUACACUGUAUAUUGCAAAGAUUCAAACAGACUUUGUUUGCUCUUCAGAAGCAAAUUAUUUGUGUGACUUUUUUCUUUUUGUCCAUUUUUGUUCUGGGGGGGUUAGAUACAAUAAAAUAAAUCCAUACAAAGACAACCCCAACCCAUUCCCCCCCUUAGUCUCCACCCACCUGCCCGCAUUCUCCCUUCCCACUCAGAAACCUUGCCUCCUACCCCAUCUAGCCCUCCUCCUGAAGAAAGCAUGCCUCCCACCCCAUCUAGCCCUCCUCCUGAAGAAAGCAUGCCUCCCACCCCAUCUAGCCCUCCUCCUGAAGAAAGCAUGCCUCCCAUCCCAUCUAGCCCUCCUCCUGAAGAAAGCAUGCCUCCCACCCCAUCUAGCCCUCCUCCUGAAUAAAGCAUGCCUCCCACCCCAUCUAGCCCUCCUCCUGAAGAAAGCAUGCCUCCCACCCCAUCUAGCCCUCCUCCUGAAGAAAGCAUGCCUCCCACCCCAUCUAGCCCUCCUCCUGAAGAAACCAUGCCUCCCACCCCAUCUAGCCCUCCUCCUAAAGAAAGCAUGCCUCCCACCCCAUCUAGCCCUCCUCCUGAAGAAAGCAUGCCUCCCACCCCAUCUAGCCCUCCUCCCGAAGAAAGCAUGCCUCCCAUCCCAUCUAGCCCUCCUCCUGAAGAAAGCAUACCUCCCACCCCAUCUAGCCCUCCUCCUGAAGAAAGCAUGCCUCCCACCCCAUCUAGCCCUCCUCCUGAAGAAAGCAUGCCUCCCACCCCAUCUAGCCCUCCUCCCGAAGAAAGCAUACCUCCCACCCCAUCUAGCCCUCCUCCCGAAGAAAGCAUACCUCCCACCCCAUCUAGCCCUCCUCCCGAAGAAAGCAUGCCUCCCACCCCAUCUAGCCCUCCUCCCGAAGAAAGCAUGCCUCCCAUCCCAUCUAGCCCUCCUCCCGAAGAAAGCAUGCCUCCCACCCCAUCUAGCCCUCCUCCCGAAGAAAGCAUGCCUCCCAUCCCAUCUAGCCCUCCUCCUGAAGAAAGCAUGCCUCCCACCCCAUCUAGCCCUCCUCCUGAAGAAACCAUGCCUCCCACCCCAUCUAGCCCUCCUCCUAAAGAAAGCAUGCCUCCCACCCCAUCUAGCCCUCCUCCUGAAGAAAGCAUGCCUCCCACCCCAUCUAGCCCUCCUCCCGAAGAAAGCAUGCCUCCCAUCCCAUCUAGCCCUCCUCCCGAAGAAAGCAUGCCUCCCAUCCCAUCUAGCCCUCCUCCCGAAGAAAGCAUGCCUCCCACCCCAUCUAGCCCUCCUCCUGAAGAAACCAUGCCUCCCAUCCCAUCUAGCCCUCCUCCUGAAGAAACCAUGCCUCCCACCCCAUCUAGCCCUCCUCCUAAAGAAAGCAUGCCUCCCACCCCAUCUAGCCCUCCUCCUGAAGAAAGCAUGCCUCCCACCCCAUCUAGCCCUCCUCCCGAAGAAAGCAUGCCUCCCACCCCAUCUAGCCCUCCUCCCGAAGAAAGCAUGCCUCCCAUCCCAUCUAGCCCUCCUCCCGAAAAAAGCAUACCUCCCAUCAGUCGCCCCCCAUCCCCCAACAACAUCCAGAGACCCCCGUACCACCCCUUCCCGUGGGCCUGAAAGCGGAAAAAAAGUUAAUAAAAUAAAUAUAUAGAAUUGGUUUGUAUAUGUGGCGCUUUAGCUGAGAUUGUUCUUUACAUAGUCAAGUAUAUUUGUUGGUGAAAGUUAAUGUUCUUAAUCUUUACAAUAUGUGCCAAACAUCUUAUUCAUUAACUUUAUAUCAUUCAUCCAUGUAAUUUUAUUGCAUGAAGCAAUAUUACAAAUACAGUGGGAAACUUGUGAUGAACAUAGACCUGCUGAACUUCUUUUUCAAGUGACCAAUAGCCUUUAAGAAAGUAGAGUUGAUGGGCACACUAACGAGGUUUGAGUUAUGAAUUUAAUUGAAUACUGUGAAAUAUUUUCUUAAUGAAUUACUAAAGAGGAUGGUCUUGACAAUAAAGGCUUUCUGAUAACAAA